ACCUGAGCGCAUCCCGCCGGAGCCACGGAGGACGCGCUGGUUUUGCAGUCCCGCAUCUCUGGACACGGUCCUCGCUCCAGUGUGAGCUCUUCGCUGUGUUUACAGCAGUUAAAGGAUUUAAAGAUCGGGGAGGACCGGCGGUGUCGGGAGCGCGCACUAGGGGACAGUAACAGACAGUGCACGGUGUGUGUGACACACACAUACUUCCUGCGCUUCACCCGUGGUCCCCACACUUCGGGCGCCUAUGAAGAAACGCAUCUUCAGGGAAUGGGAAUAUUUGCCGUUCAUCAUCAGCACUGAGAAUCGACUAGUCGUGUCACGCUGAGGAGCUCCGCCAUGCCAGACUCCCCGAUGGAUGCGAAAGCACAAUGUAGGAUUACCUCCCCGACACUGCUGUUACCUCCCACUACACAAGGAGCCUCUACUGGUGCCUCUUUGACACCCCCCAACUACCACAACAGCACCAGCGAUUCCUCAUGCGCAUCGAAUGGAAUCCCCUCUCCAUCCAAUGGCUUUACUGCUCGGCCUUCCUCCUCGUCCUCCUCCUCAUCAUCUUCAUCAUCAUCGACAUCGUCCUCGCCAUCAGCUUCGUCGCCAUCGGUUACGCCGCAGCUCCCGCCGGUGUGUGGUGCCCGGCAGCUCAGCAAACUGAAGCGGUUCCUCACUACACUGCAGCAGUUUGCGAGCGACAUCUCCCCGGAGAUUGGGGAGCAGGUGCACGCCUUGGUGCUGGGCCUCUUGAAUUCUACUUUGACAAUCGAACAAUUUCACUCCAAACUCCAGGAGGCUACAAACUUCCCUCUGCGACCUACUGUAGUCCCAUUUCUGAAGGCCAAUGUGCCGCUACUGCAGUGUGAACUUCUGCACUGCGCUCGCUUAGCCAAGCAGAACCCGACCCAAUACCUGGCCCAGCAUGAGCAGCUCCUCCUCGACACCAGAACAUCUUCGCCUGUGGACUCCUCUGAACUGCUGUGGGAUGUAAACAAGAACCCAAAGAGGAAACCUGCUGGCAGAACCAAGGAAAAUGAUGCUAAUCAGGAGCCUCUGCACUUGUAUCCACCGAGCAAAAAGCAGUGCACCAUUAGCCCCUACCGGCAGAACGGCUUGUCACACAUCCCACUGUCGCUGUCCCAGCCGCUGUGUGUGGACGGCCCGGCGCUCGCUCACCACCGCAGCGACCCCCACAGACCCCCGAGCUGCCGCGAGCACAGGGAACAAAACAAGACAAACAGGAUGCACAGCGCACGUCGGGAGGAGACCGUGGACCAUCGGCUCACUGACAGGGAGUGGGCAGAGGAGUGGAAACACCUCGACCAUCUGCUGAACUGCAUCAGGGACAUGGUGGAGAAGACCAGGCGCUCUCUUACAGUGCUCCGCCGCUGUCAGGAGGCCGACCGCGAAGAGCUCAGCUACUGGGCCCGCUGCUGCAGCGACGCUGAGGGUGCCAAGAAGGGGAGCAGCACCUCUCAGUCCAAGGUUCAGAGUCCAGGAGGCCAAAACUCUGGCUCAGCAGUAUUUCACAGAGCGUUCCUCCAUAGAGCUGCGUCGGAGUGUGUGCCCGAGGAGAUCUGGAAAAAAGCGGAGGAUGCUGUGAAUGAGGUGAAGAAGCAGGCGAUGGCAGAGCUGCAGAGCGCCGUGUCUGAGGCUGAGCGGAGGGCGCAGGAAAUGAUCCACUCGGAGCGGGCCAAGAUGGAGCAGGCCGUGGCUGAGGCCAGGCGACGAGCGGCUGAGGACCUGCUGUUGGCUAUCAAUCAGCAGGAGGACUCCACCGAGAGCUGCUGGAACUGUGGGCGCAGGGCCAGCGAGACGUGCAGCGGCUGCAGCACAGCACGGUACUGUGGCUCCUUCUGCCAGCACAAGGACUGGGAGAGGCACCACCAUGUGUGCAGCCGGACUCCACCAGCCCACCAGCAAGAUGACAGAAGUCCUUCUGCUGGCUCAUCUUCUCUACACAUGAGUGACACGGGUGGCCCAGCGGACACGCCCCCCGCAAACACACCUUCUGAGGUCACGCCGCACUCCACUCCUCCGUUAACCACAGGCACCAUGGUACAAUAGUGUGGCUCUCCAUCAGUCCACAAAACAAUCCGCCUUCCCUUAUGUGCUCACAGACUUGAUAAAACAUUAUGAAGCAUUAACAUAACAAGGGUGAUGGCCUGUACAAGUCACAUUGACUUAGGGUUAAAAACAGAGUUUAUAUGUAUACCAGUAUUAAUGUUGUUUGUGAUUUUCAUAUAAACAAAAGUGCAGAUGGUUACAUUUAACCUCUAGUGUUAUAUUUCCAACAGUUAAGAUACGUUUUGAAUUGUAGAAAAAGUUAAAGGAAUUCGAGUAUUAACAUUUUGAAUAGUUUUACAUAAGAGAUCAGCAAAAUUUUAACAAUAUUAAGCUCUCAUUCCACACAUUUUGUGUUGAUAUGUGUAUACAAUAGAGAUGUUCCUGCUGCAAAACUAAAUUGCAUUAUUGUCCAUUUUGCAGUCAGACAGGUUCUCUAAUAGCACCAGGGAGCUGAAAAGACGUUCUAUAAUCACGAGAAAACAUGCAUGACAUAUAUAUACACCCUCCCCUUUACAGUGUUCCUUCCUUUAUGUCCAUAUCUAUUUAUUAAUUUAUUGUUCAAAGCAUUAAACAUAUAUAAAAUAAGCAUUUCUUUCAUAAG